CCGAUCUCCCCCAAAGCGUCAGCGAUAGUCAGCAACACACUGUGGUGGCAGAUCAGCGGGGCGGUGCGCAUAGUGGGAUAAAGAAACACUGUUUCAUCCACAGGAAAGAAAAACGAGGAAAAGAGGGGGGACAUCCCACCAUUUCCAGAGUUGCAACAACUUCACCUGCCUGGUGUGCUGAUCUCCGGCUGGCCGUGGCUGCAGACAGGGACAACCGGGAACUUAAGGAACUAACGCCGGGACGGUGCCAGCAGAAUAUCUGUUAGGUGCUGUGUCAAUUUUUGCGGGCGGAAGACAACAUUUCCCCGGCGGAACUCUCCAAGUGUUGGAAACUUCCCAGCGCAGCAUCGAUCGAGGACCUCCCGCCCACUUUACCUCUGAUCCACAAUCCUGGAAGGAGGGAGAGAGUUGUGCAGCCGCUGCGGUGGAUGGAGAAACAAAGGCUCCAUGGUUAAACUAGAAGAGCUGCUUUGAUAACUGUCCUUGUUCUCUAUAUUUGCCUGCUGUUUCCCAACAGACUCCAUCAUCCACACGGCACAUCUGCAGCCGCUUGGAUCUCAUUUUGGGGACCCCGGCCAGGCUCGACUUAGUGCAAACUCUCCGCCAGAGGAAAGAAACGCCGCAGACGUGCCAUUGAUGCUUUGGUACGGAGAAGCGCAACACCGAUCCUCUAGUUUUACGAAAGUCUCCUACUGCUCAGUGAGGGAGGUAGACUAGUUCGGAUCCGAAGUGGGAUUUGCAGAAGUUGCAUGCUUGGUCUUUGUCGUUUCGAGUGAUCCCCGUUCAUCCACUCUCAGGUUAUCAGACGAGAUCCGGAUAGUUGAGGUGCCAUGGCGAUGUGUGUGGGGAUAUGGAUACUCCUGUUAGCGCUGCACGUCCAAGCUGGCAACGGGCAGAUGGUACAGAUGGACUCCAGUAAGUCCGGCUUUGUGGGUUCACAAGUGGAACUGCGCUGCAUUUUCAUCAACAGUAACCCGCCAGUCAAGAUCUCUCAGGUCACCUGGCAGAAGCUCCUCAACAGCACCAAACAGAACGUGGCCAUAGCCAACCCGGCCCUCGGCGUGUCCGUCCUGCCGCCCUUUAAGGAGCGGGUCAGCUUUAAGCAGGCAGCGGUCCGUCAUCGUACACCCUCGCUGGAGGACACCACCAUCGUGUUCUCCAACCUGCAGCUGUCUGAUGAAGCUGCCUACAUCUGCGAGUAUACAACAUUUCCUGCAGGAAACCGGGAGAACAUGGUCAACCUCACUGUAUUUGCUCGGCCUAUGACACGUAUGACCCUGACAACGCCCACGAUUGUAGCCAGGGCCCAGAAACGCAAGAUGACUGUUGCAACUUGUGUAUCAGCUAAUGGGAAACCCCCAAGUGUGAUCAAAUGGGAGACCAGAUUGAAGGGCGAAGCCACUUUCCAGGAGACUCGCAACCAAAACGGGACGGUGACGGUACGGAGCAACUACGUGGUGGUGCCCAGCCGCGAGACCCACAAACAGAGGCUUACGUGUAUUGUGACGUACCGGAAUGAAAAGAUCACAGACAGCGUGGUGCUCAAUGUGCAAUAUGAACCUGAGGUGAAGAUUGAGGGCUUCGAUGGAAACUGGUACCUGAACCGUCAGAAUGUUCAGCUGACCUGCAGGGCUGAUGCUAACCCCCCUGUCACGAUCUACCAGUGGAAACUCUUGAAUGGCUCCCUGCCCAGUAAUGUGGAGAUCAAGAACAACACCCUGUUCUUCAAGGGGCCAGUGACCUACGACCUGGCCGGUACGUACGUCUGUGACGCGACCAACGGCAUCGGGACUCGCACUGGCAUCGUGGACGUCAACAUCACAGAAUUCCCUAACAACCCGACACCUACGGGCCAUGAGAUCCCGCAGGAGCAGCACAAUGCAGGUGCCGCCAUCGGGGGCGCUGUGGGGGGAGUCGUCCUGUUGGGCGUGGCGGCCAUACUGCUCUUCGUAUUCCUGCGCCGCCGCCAGCGCACCUUCAAAGGAGACUACAGCACCAAGAAACACGUGUUUGGUAAUGGGUACAGUAAGGCCGGCGGCCUGCCCGCCCACCCUCCCAUCCCCAAGAACCUUCAGUACCCGGACGACUCGGACGACGAGAAGAAACCCUCACAGAUCGGUGGCCCCGGAGGGUUUGAGGCGAGCGAGCGCGAUUUUGACGCAGAGCAAGAGGACCUGAAGAGGCCCUAUUUCACUGUGGACGAAGGGGAGAGCCGAGAUUAUGACGAGCGGACUCUGGCUUUCCAGUAUGACCCUGAACCUGAGAUAGCCGAUGAUAUGAUCUCUCAAACCGACGGCUCUGUCAUUUCUAAGAAAGAGUGGUAUGUGUAGUGGCAUGCAACAACCAAACCAAACCCUUUGUCCCCCACCUGCAUUCCACUGCACCCUUCACCUCCAUCACAACCCCGCCCUCCCAUUCGUCACACUGCACCUUUCACUGUCCCACUCCUCUUUUGGUCAACCUAGUACCCCCUUCCCCCUGACUCCCCCCACAUCAGACCCCAUCCAACUAAUCUCAAUUAGAAAAUCAAGCGUCUAUUUAAAGUGCUAGCAACACCAACUUCUCAACAUGACAACAUUGGUAUCAGUUCCAUCAGGUGAAUGGGCAAAGAAUACAAACUAAGGUAUGUAAAUGGACUCGUUGUCACUGACGUACGAGUCCAGGGAGGUGAUUGGUUGAUUAAUACUGGUGUAAUAUUCUUUUUUGUGUAUUUUUUCAUGUUCUAAAUGUAUUAAAUGUAUAAAAAGAGACUGCAGGUUGAGGUUUUGCUGAGCACACUUGUGAAAGUCCUACACUGGAUGUGCGAUUUGUUUUUGUUUUUUAAUACCAUUGCCGUUUUGUUAUUUUUAUAAUGUCUUUUUGUAUGAUUUUUAAGUGACCAGAGAAUUGAAAGUUAAAUGUUUGACAUAAUCGCAGGUGGAGUUGUAAGUGUUUGUAAUUCUGUGGUCAAAUGUUUCAGAGAAAGGAAAAAAAAAAAGACAUACAGCACCUGUAUCAUUUCUCCUGUUUCUCACUGGGGUUAGUGUCCAUGAAAUUACUCAUUUUUGUAUAUUUACAGCAUUAAAAGCAGAUGUGUUAUUGCUGUUUUCCAAAGACAUGCUUAGUAUUUCUUGACCCCCCUCCUGUGUUUAUAGGCUUGGUUUGUUUCUUCACCGAGAGGGAGUCAGUCUACUGAGCCAUGUGGCAGAUAAAUAUUGAGUGUUUCCUCUUUUUUUUUGCCCAGAAUUUCAAUUACAUUAAAUUAGCUUCCACAUCAGUAAAUCAGAAUAACAGGGGAGAGAAGGGCUGCAACAAUUUACUACUUUUCAGUGGUGCAUCACAAUCACGUCCAGAGAAGGUUCGGUGAGUCUCAGUGUCCACAGAAACCUUCAGUCAUGCUCUGAAAUGUCACGAUUGUCACUCGACUUGAACAGGUUGACCUGUGUACGCGAGCUCUCAAUCUUACCACUAUAAUGAAAUGUCUGUUUUUUUGUGUUGAGUUGUCAUAAUUAUGUUUUGUUCUAACCUGUCUUUUAUCAAAUGGAUGUCAGAGAAAAGUGUCCGGGGAGUUUCCCAAUAAUGACUCUGUCUCUCCUUAUAAUUAUGUGACUGUGUAUUGAAGAAUUGGCCUAAGCCUCCCUCGCUUACACCAACAGCAUUUUCUAUGAGGAGUCGUCCAUGGACACAAAGGACACGGAUAGGAGGAAAAUGUCAACAGAAGCUUUUAGACAACAUUUUAACAUGUAAAGGGAAUUGAAAAUAUGAUGGUGGCCAUGCUGGAGUAUAAAAAGUCACCUGCUGCUUUCAUGAUGUUUUUUUUUUGGUUUUUUUUUUUCAUCUUUUCUUUUUCUUUCAAAAAUGAAUUUCGGUAGCUGUUUGGGGGAUUUUAAAGGAAUGAAUGGUUGUCCUUCUCUUAAUGUUGCCAUCAAAAUCUGCCAGUAGGGCUGUCAGAAGGCAUUAUAUAUACCUGGCUUUUUGAAUCACUGUUAAUAAGUGCCAGUGGAUGCUAGCAUAGCAAGUGACUUGUUUCUCUCCUCAGCGUUGAGGUCCAUUACACAAUCCGCAAAAUGCAUUUGCUUCGAACAAAAAAAAAAAGUUCAAUGUGAAAUAUCAGAUAAAACAAAAGCAAAGGAGUAAAUCCGUGGAUACAAAUGACACAUCUGACUGGCUCUGAACAAUAUAAAUACUAUAUUAACCCUUAUUUUAUGCAUGUUUUUUGUGUUGGGAGUGAAUGUGCGUACGAUGCUUUUUUUUCUGUAUCAAUUCCAGUGCAUAUGUCCUCAUUUGCAGCUCAAAAGGCGACACUUUGUCAGUGUUGUCAGUAUUGACAGAGGUUUGAGUUUAUGGGCACACAGUACCCAGGAACAACGUUGCAGUUAACACACACUAAAAAAAAGUAUAUAAAUAUCUAUAUAAAUAUAUAAAUAAAGAUGAAAAAAUAGCAUCUCUAGGAGAGCAGAUCUCUCUUUCAGCUGAGAUGUGAAUGUUUUACAGUCCAUGCUUGUCUACUGUAUGUUUUUAGAUGAGCAUGUUAAUCAUGAGCCUCAAUUUAUAUAUUGCAUUUUCAAGACAAAUUGACAUUACAAAGUGGGGAAUAUCAUGUUCUUAUUAAAAGUCUGUUGAUUUUCAGUUUAGUUUCAUUUUUUGUUGAUUUCAGUUUAAUUCAGUUUCACUUCUUACAGCCUUAUUUCUGUUUUUUCUUCAGUGUAUCUACAACCGUUUGAGAACACACCUGAGGUUGCAACAGAUAGUGUGAAAACUAAAUGACAGUCACAGGGUUGCUAAAAUUGCAAAAGCAAAUCACACUUUAUUGCCUUUAGUUUAUUGUUCACCUGCAGGUGAACUGCUUUGCUGUAACUUUUUUUAAAUCCACAGUUUGCAUAAUAGAAACAAACGUGUGAAAAACAUAUUUCUAUCUUUUCUUCUCGCAUUCAGUGCCUAUCAGAGUCGGGAGACAUGAGGUAGUCUGAACAGUUGCUGCUCCAUCGUUUAAGUUAUUUAUGCCGUAGAAUAACAUAAUGAGUAAUAUUGAAAUAUGACAUGGACUGCAAACUUCAUAUCAGACAAAUGCUGGUUCUUCACUUGCAGUGAAUCGUAGUUAGUGUAGUGGGCAUGUGAUUCCAUCUGAGCUCCAGCACAAUACUACCAAUGUGUCUGUACUUGAUCUUUAAAUCAACUGAUCUCUUAAAAGCUGCAUUCAUUACCAUUUGAAAGUUUAAUGAUGGCUUAAUGGUGACACAGCACUUUUUUUCCCAGUCAUUACUGGGUAGUUUUAAGUCCUUAAGAGAUGAAACUUUUGCAACUUAGUCGCACAUCGCCGACUUCUCAAAGCACAACAAUUGAAACGCUCAUCUUGUGAGAAGAGAUUAAAUUUAAAUUAAAAAAUGUAACUUUGGCCCAAAGCAAAGAUCAACCCUACCCCCCUUUUUAAAGCACAACUUUGAGGUUUCAUUUCACUUUAUUUCUGCAUCCAUUAUGAAACCACUGCCACACUUGCUUCUCAGUCACGUUGGAGAAAGAAAAACCUUUCAGAUCGGAGUCGGCAUUCUGUAUACUGGUAGAUGUAAACAUUGUCUUCAUGUUGUCGGGGUGUUAUGAGUUUCUAUUUUGUAAUACUGACUGUAACUUCAUUCCAUCCUAAUCUACUUUUUGUAUUCAGUAUGUUCAACAUUCCACUGUAAAUACUGUACAUACGGUUGAGAUUAUAGUUGGGAUUUAUUUAGGGACAACUGCGUAGGGACCCUGUUCAUGUAAAAUAUACCUAUUUUGAUCGCAAACAUAGAGACUCGAUGAUGGGUAGAUGAAGUUGAUGCAUAGCUUAUUUCCAAAGUCCCGCAUAGAAAUGCUCCUCCGGUACGUUUUUGAUAUGCCACUAGCGGCUUCACUGUCAUACAAAGGGGUGAUGCAUACAGUUUGUCGAUUUAAUGUUAUUGAAAGAAAAAUCAAAAGAGAGAAAUUGUCUGUAUGCAGCCAUGUGAAUGUAUAUUUCUGAGGGUGUUACAAAUAUGAAAAAAAAAAUCUCUUGUUCAAUUGUGAUGACCCAGUGAAGUAACUUGUAUUUGUUUUAAGCAUUAAAUGAGUUCAAUAGUCAACAA